AUGCAGGCCCAACGAUACACAUACGUCCCUCACCUGCCAAGCUUAUCAAAGCCCCGUCACAAACACCAUCCCUUGACCCAGGAAAGUGUCGGAGACUAUUUUGCGCCCUUUAGAAGACAAGUUCGUGGGACUGAGACCCCAAUGAUGCAUAAGCCAUCAAGGAAUUUCCCGCCCUAUAGCAAGGAGAACGACAUGCAAGUCAAAGCGCUCUUAAAACGAUAUCAAAAGGUUGGGAGGAGACUAGCGCGUGGGUCCUAUUGGGACAUCUAUGAAGCUGAAGACACACAAGACCCGAGCAACAAAUGUGUAUUAAGGGUCUCCAACAAGGGAUUGUUACCAAAUAGUUAUAAGAGGGAGAUGGAAGUGAAUCCGAAUAUCGCAGACACGACGUACUUAGCCAAAUUGAUCGAUAUCGUCUACGACCAACAAAAAUUUGUCUUCUAUUCCGUCAUGGAGUUAUACAAAUGUUCUGUGUUGGACGUGAUGGAGAACAGAGGACUUUCGAUUGAAGAGUCUUUAUAUGCCAUAUCAAGUGUAGCAAAUGGUCUUGCCUAUUUGAACCGAAUUGGAUACGUUCACUUGGACGUUAAACCCGACAAUAUGCUAGUCGACUAUAAUGGGAAAGUGAAGUUGGGAGACUUUGGAACAACACGAAGAAUCGGGUCCAAUGUCCCGAUCUCGGAAACCGGGGACGGAAGAUACUGUGCGCCUGAAGUCUUUCGUGGGUCGACUUCCCCACUUGCAGAUGUGUUCUCUUUAGGUAUUUGCUUGUUUGAGAUGACGACGAAGAUGACAUUUCCGACAUAUCAAUUCAAAUUUGAACUGGACGACCCAAUCAUCACGAAGAUGUUCCCGAAUGAACAGAUUGCACGGAUGUAUGUGCUGAUGACGAACUUGGACUACUCGAAGAGACCGCUGCCGGAAUAUCUUGUAGGGUUUUCUCUGUUCAUGUCAAUCACGACGUACGGCAUCCACCUUGACAAGUUCUGUGUGAGGUACUCUGACUUGGAUGAUAGCAUUAUAUCCCCGCCACGGGUUAUAACGUCGCGCGAUUACAGAAUGACGGCGCAAUACCCUUUAUGUAGGAGUGACUAUAAACAACCAAACCUCAACUGA